AUGAGUCUCUGGACUGGAGCCUCGGGGAUCUUCCUGAGUCUCUGGGGGAUCUAUGUGUCUCCGAGGAGCCCGGGAUGGGUGGACUUCAUCCGACACGUGUGUGUUUGCGGUUUCGUUGCUCUGCUUUCUGUGAGCUUCCUCUUUGUGGCCUUCUGGCGCUUGCCAUCCUUCUUGGGGUUCACCAUCUCCUGGCUCGCCCUGUGCGUCCUGCUGUGCUGCUGCAAGCACGCACGGUGCUUCCUUCUCCUCUUCUUUCUCUCGUGUGGCCUGCGCGAAGGCAGGAACGCGUUGAUGGCGGCUGGCACGGGGAUCGCGGUGUUUGGGCACGUGGAGAAUCUUUUUCAGAACUUCAAAGGCCUUCUGGACAGCAUGACUUGCAACCUCAAGGCAAAGAGCCUUUCCUUACACAUCCCACUUUUGCAAAGAUACAUCGAAGCCAUUCAGUGGCUUCAUGACCUUGCCCACCCAUUAAGUCUGCUCGAUGACCUUGUUUCGUGGAAGCAAACUCUAGUGGUCUCGCUUUUCAGUCCCAGCGAGGCAGUCAGGGCGCAGCUCAAUGACACCAGAGGCGAAGUCCUGCAAGCCAUCUACCAAACCAUGACGACCGCGGAGGCGCUGUCUGCCCUGAGCCGGAGCCUGUUCGCCGCCGCCGGGCUGGUGCUGAUCCUGUUUGGCACUGGCCUCUUCAUGAAGCGCUUCUUGGGCCCUCGUGGCUCGAAGUUUGAGAACAUCUACAUCACCAGACCGUUUGUUCGCUUUGACGAAAGCAGGAGGCUCCACCAGCAGCCCUGUGUGUUCCCGCUGAGUAAGACGGAGCGGGAGACCUACGUGGUCAUCCCGACUUUCCGUCCGACUCCCAAGGAGAGGAGACGCCUGGGGCUGUUUCUCCUCCCUGUCCUGAGUCAUCUCUACCUCUGGGUGCUGUUCGCCGCUGUGGACUACCUGCUGUAUCGGCUCAUUUUCUCUGUGAGCAAACACUUUCGGAGCUUGCCAGAGCUUCAGGUUCACUUGAAACUGCACACAGAGGUGGAAGGGCUCCGACGCACCAUCAAUGCCUCUGCCUUUCACAUUUCUCUGUUUGAACCCAGCUGCAUCCCUGAACCAAAGUUCCUUCUGUCUCAGACCUGGGUUCUUCUCAUUAUUAUCCUGGUCACGCUGGUGCUGCUGGGACUGUUGUCUUCCAUCCUCAUGCAACUUAAAAUCCUGGUGGCAACAUCCUUCUACCCCAGCGUGGAGCGGGAGCGCAUCCAAUACCUACAUGCAAAGCUACUGAAGAAACGGUCAGAGCAGCUACCUGGAGCAGUCCAAAGGAAACUGAGUCUGUAUCUUACAAAGAUUCACUUCUGGCUUCCAGUCCUGGAAAGGAUGAAGAAGAAACAGACAGAUGCCGUGUGUGAGGACAACCCAUGA